CCCUGUCUGUUCUGUGAUGAAGUUUACCAGAUUACAGAGAAAAAAGACGAUCUUCUGGCUCAUCUGGUUGUCAAACAUAAAUUUGUGAUCGCAGAUGUAAAUUUAAUAUCAAAUUUUAGAAGGUAUAUAGAUUAUUGGAAGAAAAGACUAAAAGAACAACCGAUUACUGAUUAUUGUUCUGUGAUAUAUAUUUAUUCUUCCAUUUCAGACCCUAAAGAAGAAUAUUAUUUAUUAUGUGAUGUUUUACCUGAAGACAAAGAUUUACGACAAUUUCUUCAAAAACAAAAACUGGAAGAAGUUCUGGCCAGUCAACAGAAAGAAAGAGAAGACAACUCUUUCAAUGCUCAGUGUUUAUUUUGUAAAGAACAUUUCACUGGCAACAGAAGUUCGAUGAUAAAUCAUAUGGCUACAGACCACAACUUUAAUAUUGGACAGCCUGAUAAUAUAGUAUAUUCUAAUGAAUUUAUGACAGAAUUACAAACUAUGUUAAACAACUUGCAGUGUCUAUAUUGUGAAAAAAUAUUCAAAGAUAAAACUUCACUGAAAGAACACAUGAGAAAGAAACUACAUCGUAAAAUAAAAUCUAAUAACAGAAAAUAUGACAAAUAUUAUAUUAUAAAUUAUUUGGAAUUGGGAAAGAACUGGGAAGAAAUACAUACAGAAGAUGAUGGAGAUAAUAAUACAGAUAUAGAGGAUGAGACAGAAGAACAGAACAUUACAGAUUGGUAUAAAUGGAAGGAGGAAGCAGGAGCGCAGGCUGUUUGUUUAUUUUGUGAAUUUUCAUCCAGUCUUCCAGAUUGUUUACGAGACCACAUGCAGGAGCUCCAUGAUUUUGAUCUACAUGAAAUCAAACUGAAGUUAAAAUUGAAUUUUUAUCAGAAAGUCAAGCUAGUCAACUAUAUCAGACGACAGGUGUAUCAAGGUAUAUGUUAUGGUUGUCAGGAAGAAUUCCAAGAUAAGAAGGAACUAUUAGAUCACAUGCACUCUACAGACCAUAUCAGUCGAAUACCGGCGCCAACUGUCUGGGACCAGCCACAGUAUUAUUUUCCUACGUAUGAAAAUGACAAUCUGUUGUGUCAGUUAGAAGACUGUGAAGAAGAUGAUGAUGAUGAAUGGAGGGAAGAUGAUGGUGUACCUGUAAUAGCUGAAGAUAUACCUACUACUUCACUAGCUAGUCAGACUUUCCGCAGGGAAAUUCUUAAUACAUAA